UUGGGGCAAUGCUGUCCUUUUUUUAAUUCAUUGUUUUUUCUCGUGUUGAACUUCAAGACGCAGCAAUGAAAUGUUCUUAAAAGAGCCCUAAAGCAGGGGUUGCAAUCUGGCCUGUGUAACAGAGCAGCGGUGGGGUUGGCAGUCACCUGAAGGUCCGGCCCUGGGCCGGUGGUCUCUGAGGCUGGGAGGGAACGAGGCUCCGCCCGCCUUCUCGUGCUGGGGGUGCUAUGGACCCAGGCCUGCCGCCCCCAGCCUCCAGGCCCCUGGGCCACAGGGCCCGAGAAGCGAGCAGGUGGCAGCGUCGGACGCCAUGAGUAUGAUCUGCACGCCGGACGGCGUUGCUGGGGCUGCUGGAAGGAGCGACCAGGAAAGAAAAGACAAGCUUCGUUGGCUCCUUCUUCUCUACCUGCAGCUCCUAAUAAUUCCCCUCCUACGUACCUUCCCAUCUGACCACUUUUCUCCAUCCCUGCCGCCGUUCACGCCAUGUCUUGUUUAAGCGAUUUCCCUGUGUCCGGUGUCCCUGUGGGAUCAUGCUAAAAUGCAAAUGCGAGCAUUAAAACAUGCCAUAGGCUCCCUCACCCCAGCAUAAAGUACACACAUCUUAAGGCUGGGUGGCCUGGCCACCUCCUGCAGCCGUGCUCUCCCACCCUGUGUCCUAGUCAUCCUUAAAUACCAACAGGACCUUUAACCCACCAGGCUACGUUUUACCCCAAGGGCUUUUUUCAUAUAGAAGCAAUUUUAUGAGCGUCCUGAGCUCUGCUGAACAUCAUCCUGACUCGGUUUCUACCAGAGUCUCCUACCAACGCUCUGCACUCCCUGCCUGGCUCUGACAGAUUCUGCAGCUUUCUGCUCCUGUGGUUACCAGAAGUCCAGCCUAGUUAAUCCGCUUUAAAACUUCAGUCUCACACCAGGCCGUACACUCCUUCCUUCCCCCCCACCCUCCGCACCAGCCAGGCUUCCGCUGUGGGACCUGUUUGGGGCGAACUGGCGCACUCUGCGUCCUUCAGUAGGAGGCUCACUAAUUUAAAGUACUUGCUGCGUGGGGAGCUGGAGGAAGCAUUGGGGAAGGUGCGGGAGGAAUGGCCAGGAGUGCUUCUACCUAACUGGGCAUGUAAUUACCAUCCUCUGUCGGUUCUCUGCCUCCCGGGCUAAGGCUGACUGGUCAUGGAUACCUUCCACUUGGAAGGGGCCCAAAUGCCAGCUGUUAAGGGCACAGAGGUUUGUUUUGUGGAAGCUCUCCCCCACUGCACAAUCCCAGAUGGGGAAUCUGCUCCAGCUUAACUGCUUCCCCCAAGCCUCCCUGGUCCUGCCCUUGGUGGUACAACGAGGCUGUGCUGGCUACCGGUUUUCUCGGGAGGAGAGCAGCGAGGUAGCCUGAGCCCCGCUGAUGGCCACACCUGUUCACGUGACUUUCGGAAACCUCACAGAUCUGUCUGCACCAGCAGGAACUCGUUCUCGUUGUUUGACUAGAAUAGAAGGGAAAUUACAGCUCCUGUCACUAGGCUGCAGCCUCUGGAUGUGACAUCCCUUCCUUCGUCUGUUCAACAAGCCACUAUUAACCGACCUGGAAGGGGUGAGGGGGAUUUAAUGCAUGUCUGGCUGGGGCCCUUGGCGCAGUGAGGACGGGAUGACGGGUGAUGGCGUAUCCUGUGCUCAAACACCAGGCAGAGUUCUCAGGAGCUAGAGCCUCCUUCCUUCUGUUCUCCCUCCCUGCACCCCCUCAGUGGGGCAGAAAGGACAAAUUGCCCCACGGGCCCAGGGGAAAUUGCUGCUUGGCCUUCAGAGCCCUGGGAUAAAAUUGGAUAUUGCUCCCAGGACGCAAUUCCAGACGUCCGGCCCUCCCAUAAUAUACCCCUGCCCUGACUUGUCUGUUCUCUCCUUCAAAAUGGGGGCAGGGGCACCUGGGUGGCUCAGUCAGUUAAGCAUCCGACUCUUGAUUUUGGCUCAGACCCUGAUCACACGGUUCAUGGGUUCAAGCCAUGCGUUGGGUUCCUCGCUGACAGUGUGGAGCCUGCUUGGGAUUCUCUGUCUUCCUCUCUGUCUGUCUCUCUCAUAAUAAAUAUUUUUUUAAUGUUUAUUUAUUUUUAAGAGACAGAAACAGAGCACGAGCUGGGGAGGGACAGAGAGAGAAGGAGACACAGGAUCCAAAGCAGGCUCCAGGCUCCAAGCUGUCAGCACAGAGCCCAACGCGGGGCUCGAACUCAUGAGCCGCGAGAUCAUGACCUGAGCCGAAGUCAGACGCUUAACUGACUGAACCACCUAGGCACCCCUCUCAUAAUAAAUAUUUUUUAAAAAUAAAAUAAAAUGGGAACAGCAUUUUUGUCUGAAGAGCCAAGUUCCUGGGUUAACUAAAACAUGAACUUACCCAGAACAUCACAUUCUACUGUUCAUCCAACAAAUACCUAUUGAGCAAUAUUUAUAUGCUAGGUUUUUUGGGGGGUGGGGGAACUACAGUAAAGACAAUUCCUGCUCUCAAGUCACUUACAGUCUGGGGCGGAGAUGUGAAGAAACAGUUUGAGCACCAAGUACUCUGACAGAGACACGCGAAUGUGGCUUGGAGGAGAUACAGGUCGGGAUCCCAAGGAAAACAGCCCUGACUCAGCCUUAAGGUUUGACAAAGGAGGCCAAGUGGAGAACCCAGACCUUCACCCCACCUGGCAUUACUGGGGAGAUGCCCCCACCCACAACUGGCAUGAAGUCAGAGGAAACUUGCUGAAAUAGAAGAUGUAAAUAAGAUCCAGAGUCUCCUAACACCCAAAUGUCCAGAAUACGAUCAAAAUCAUACAUCAUACCAAGAACCAGGAAAAUCUCAAAUUAAAGAAAAAGAAAAGAAGAUAAUAAGCAGAUGCCAACAGCAUGAUGGUGCAGAUAUGGGAAUUAUCUGACAGGGAUUUUAAGGAAUCAUAAAAGUGCUUCAACAAGGAAUUAUGAAUACACUUGAAACAAAUACAAAGUAGAACAUCUCAGUGAAGGGGUGCCGGGGUGGCUCAGUCAGUUAAGGGUUCAGCUCUUGCUUUCAGCUCUUGCUUUCAGCUCAGGUCGUGAUCUCACAGUUUGUGAGAUUGAGCCCCACGUUGGGCUCUGUGUCUGGGCUCAAGCAUGGAGCCCACUUGGGCUUCUCUCUCUCUCUCUCUCUCUCUCUCUCUCUCUCUGUCUGCCUCUCCGCAACUAGGACGUUGAGAGGACUCUCUCAAAAUAAAUAAACUUAAAAAAAAAAAAAAAGAUCUCAGUGAAGAAAUCAACGAUAUAAAGGAGAACCAAAUAGAAAUUCCAGAACUGCAAAAUAUAAUUACCCAAGUAAAAAAACUCCAAGGAAGGGAGGACUCAACCUCAGAAUGGAGGGGGACAGAGGAAAGGACCCAUGAACUUGAAGAUGUAACAGUACAAUUGAGCCAAGCUGAACAACAGGAAGUGGGGUAAAAAAAAACAAACAGGUUUCUGAAUCAUCAUGUCUUGCAGUUGAAGCAAAAAAUAUAACAUUGCUGAAUGUGAUUUUCAACAUAUCCAGAGGAAAUACUUAAGUUAUACUGCAAAUGGAUAAGGGUGAAGGAACGGAGAGGGACGUGGUACUUUUUCUACACUUGUCUCCCAACUGGUAAGCAGUGGACACCACUAGGUCUUCAUGCUGACAGAGUAAUUCUGUAUUGUGAUUUCAGCGGUGGUUAUAAGACUCUGCAUGGAUGAUAAAAUGCCAUAGAACUAUAUGCACACAUUUGCCCCAAUGUCUGUUCACUGGCUUUGAUUUUGUGCUAUGGUCGUACUCCGUUACAUGGCUUCUCUCUCUACUCUCUUUGCAACUUCCUAAGUGUCUGAAAUGAUUUCAAAACAAAAAGGAAAAAGAUAAGGGGAUUGAAGGGGCAUCUUCACAAGCAAUGGGGAACGCUUUCCAUUCUAGAGGCCAGGCGUGAAGGGAGGCAUGCUCAGAGGACAGAGGUUUGCAGACUAGAACCUUCAGUUCAGACCCAGCCUCACCCUCAAGUGACAUCACAAAGCCUCAGACGCCCCCGCCCACCACCCAGAAGUUUUAUCAAUUAAGCCAUCAGCUCAGGACUAUAUUUGCACUGGAAGCUGUUGUCCAACCUGGCCAAGCACACAUCUCCUCUCCCUGUUCAGUUAUGUCCGAGGAAAAUGGCGCCAUGCAAGCAACAGGGUCAACAGACGUGUGACUGCAGCUCCUCACCCACUCUGAGGAUAUAACAAAGAGCCGCCUGGUUCUCCUGGUGCGUAGUCAUUGAGGGAGUCUGCUCAUACCACUUAGCUCAGCCCUCUCAGAGAACCCUAUGUCUUCCUCACAACUCCCAGCCUUCCUGUGGGACAAGAGUACACUCACCACCGCCAUAUCUGACCCUGCUCGCCUAGUAAAGGUUCUCUUCUUCUUUGCACUCCUGAUGACCUUAGUCACUCUACUCAUCCUGGUCUGGAAGGUAACCAAAGACCGAGGCAACAAGAACAGAGAGCCAGACCCGAGAAAGGAAGAUACUCUGCUGGCGUGAAGGUGGACAGUCACUGCCAAGGACUCCAUUGAGGGGAAGCCUGGAGGCUCAGGAGGCAGCGUCAUCCUGGAGCCAGAACCUGAGGAGGAAGAGCUGCUUUGCGGGGGAGGUCCCCCCGGGGGGGGCCCCCCAGGGCCUCCCCCCUCCUCCACCACCACUUAUGUAAUUCACACUCAUCUUGCUGUUCUCUGGCUCAUCCAGGCUGCCAGGUUUGAAUGUCUUCUCUCUGUGGAUCUUCUAGACUGAAAUUAUAAAUGGCUCUUGAUUUCUGCAUUAACCGAGGAAAAAACAAACAAACACGUGGAGAAUUAAAAAUUGAUUACAAAGCCCACAUCUUCCUUUCUAAAUUGGGCAUGUGUUGACUCUGGGAUAUUGAAAUUAUUGGGAGCUCACAGCAUCUCUGACUAUAUAACGAAGCUAUACCAGAAGCUCAGUUCCAGAAGAUCCUUGAAAUAGAACAGCUCACCUACUCCAAAUUCUAGGUAAAAUGCUCCCUCCUCUUCACCUAAUUCUAAGAAUAAAAAGUAUUAUUGCUCUCAAAAAAUGACGGGAAGUACCAAAUACUUUUCUUUCUUCUCCCCCAUCCUCCCAACUUUAUGCGCUGACAAGCUUUAAAAAUAUCAUUUUCUAAAAUAAUAAUUUCAUUUUUAAAAAUCUUUUCUGGGUUUGGAAUGAAUUAACUCUCUUUUCAGGUGAAAUCCAAAUUAAAGAGGCAGCAUUUUGAAAAUCUGUACUCA